CAGAGGUUACAGUCUGUCAGCUGCUUUUGGAAGUUUCUAGCAGUGAGAAACAUGUGAGAUGAUGAUGAUGAUAUGAGAUAAUAAAGAGCUUCUCUCCGUGUCUGUUUUCUCGAAUGUGUUUCUGCAGUGAAUCUAGCGAUGUUCGGCUGUUUAGUCGCUGGAAGACUGUGGUCUUCCUCUGCUGUGUUUCAGGUCCAAACGGACGCGCAGCAGGUCGCCUCUGAUAAGUUCGUCUUUAAUCUGCCGGACUGUGAGAAUGUCAAUCACGUGGUGGUGUUCAUGCUGGGCACGGUGCCCUUCCCGGCUGGCAUGGGUGGCGCGGUGUACUUCUCUUUCCCGGACCCUGCGGUCGGGCAGGUCUGGCAGCUGCUGGGCUUCAUAACCAACGACAAGCCCAGUGCCAUAUUCAAGAUCUCCGGUCUGAAAGCUGGUGAGGGCGGCGCUCAUCCGUUCGGCAUGAUGACCGUCCCUCAGGCGCCGUCAGUUGCUCAGGUCGGAGUGUCGAUCGAGUCUUUGGACCUUCUCGCACAACAAACGCCAGUGUCAAAUUCAGCUGUUUCCACCGUGGACUCCUUCACACAGUUCACACAGAAGAUGCUGGAGAGCUUGUACAACUUCACCUCCUCUUUUGCACUGUCUCAGUCUCAGAUGACACCGAAUCCUUCAGAGAUGUACGUUCCUGCGAGCUCCAUCCUUAAAUGGUAUGAAAACUUCCAGAGGAGAAUGAUGCAGAAUCCAAACUUCUGGAAGACGUGACAAGCUUGCGUUGUUUUUAACAGUUUGAUCCAUUAUUUCAUGGAGAAGAAAAUAAUCUUUCAUUUAACGUUCAGUUUUAAUUUUCAUGAAGACCUCACCUGGACAAGAACCUUUUUCUUAUAAAAAAAUAUUGCCUGGCAUUCUUUCUUUUGCUGAAGAUGUUUUAUAUGACAUGAUGAACUCAUAAUAAACACCUUUGGUUGACGUUUUA